AUGGAUGUACCCACACUGGUUGACUGUCAGCGCGAGCUUCAAGUCCGCAUCUCACGUUCUGUGGAGUACUUGAAGAAGCUGGGCAGCUCCAAUAUCACCGCCAGUGCUAUCUCCACCCGCACCAGAAUUCUGGAUCAGCUGUGGACAAAGUUCGAGGCGCAGCAUGACCUUAUCCGUGCGGCCUUGAAGGAAAGAUUCAGUGAGAGCGAGUACUUUAAAUCAGAGUUGCAUGCUGAUACGGAGAAUCUCUACGUGUCACAAAGAAGCAUACUAGACAGCUACGCUGAACACUAUCGUGCAGCAAACGUACCUCCUUCGGCCGACGCCACGUCAAGGUCAUCACUGCCGCGUAUCAAAGUGCCGCCAUUUUCUGGUGCCUACGCCGAUUGGCCGUCGUUCCGAGAUCUCUUUCUCUCCGUCGUGAGUGGCAAUGCGAUCUCCAACAUCGAGCGCUUUCACCACCUGCGCUCAUGUCUGACGGGGCAAGCUGAAAGGUUAAUAAGGUCAUUGCCUGUCACCAGCGACAAUUACGAUCGCGCUUGGAUGAAGGGAGAUACCGCAGAAGAAUUGAGACGCAUUCACAACGCCGUUACUGCCGCCGUCAAUGGUCAGGAGAGCAUCGGACGUCCAAUCAACACCCACGGAAUGGACCUCUUCAACUUCCUGGUCACCGAGCUGUUUGAUGCACGCACACGUCUUGAGUGGGAGUCGUCCACGUCAGACUCAUCAGAGCCGGCACAAAACGAGGCACUUGUGGACUUCAUCAGCCGCCGGAUCCUGACGCUCAAUGCCGCACGACCGAAGAGCGCCAGCAAACCGCCCGGAGAUGCUCCACGGGUAGCCAAGGCACACGUCACGAAGCACCAAGGAACCGAGUCGCCGCACUGUGCACUGUGUCGCGAGAAGCACACCUUGAUGACCUGCCGAGAUUUCAAGGCCAAGACUGUCAACGACCGCAAGGCAUUUGUCGAGAGUAACAGGCUCUGUUACAAUUGCUUAGGCAACCAUUUUCUCUCUCGCUGCCAGUCAAAGAAGAACUGUCUGACAUGCGACGCACGACACCACACGAUGUUACACGGAGCACCCACAUCGUCAGCGUCAACUGAAGCCACACGCGCCACCACACUGACCGCUACGCUGCAAAAUCCAGAGUGCAAGGCCGUUCUUCUUGCAACAGCACGAAUAAACGUCGCCGAUCGGUACGGAUCACCACAAGCCGUACGCGCUUUGAUCGACCAAUGUUCUGAGGUGUCGAUCAUUUCGGAGACCUUGGCACAACGUCUUCGCCUUCCUCGAGUCUCAACGGGCCUCUCCAUUUUCGGCAUCGGAGGGACUCGCUCGGGAUCCGCUCGUGGCAAGGUCACGCUGCACGUAACGUCAGACGUGACCAACGCCAAACUCAGCGUGGUGGCCUUUGUGCUGCCCCGCAUAUCGCUGCAGCAAGGCUCGGUCUCGCGGGAAGAACGCAGCUGGCCUCAUCUCAACGGACUCCAACUGGCCGAUCCUCGCUUCUUAGACGACGACCCAGCUGAGCUGCUACUGGGAGCCGAGGUCUAUUCCUUGAUCCUCGAGGAAGGCCUCCGCAAGGGUGAAUCAAGGAUGCCGAUCGCUCAGCAAACCAGCCUGGGAUGGAUCCUUUCUGGCGGCUACGACGCAGCAGCAGUCAAGGGACAUCGCCGCACCUUCCGGUGCACCGCCGAUCAUGACCUCGCCGACUUCGUUCGACGCUUCUGGGAGCAGGAGAGCGAGCCGAUAACUCGGGCUUCACUCACUCCCGACGAGACCACGUGCGAGGAACUCUACGUGCGCACCGUCACGCGCACGCCCACCGGGAGAUACAUGGUGAGGCUGCCCUUCUCAUCGCCGCCGACGACUCUUCAGGAUACUCGCCGCCCAGCGGAGCACCUACUGAAAGCCAUGGAGACCAAGGGCAGCCGAGAUCUUCGAUUUGGCGACCUCUAUCACGGCUUCAUGCAGGAAUACGAGGACCUGCAACACAUGAAGAAGGUAAAUACCUCAACAACAACGGAGAAUUUCAGAUGCUACUUACCGCAUCACGGGGUCCUGAAGGAAUCGAGCACGACGACAAAGCUCCGAGUCGUGUUCAACGGCUCUCAGCGCACACGGGCCGGUACUUCGCUCAACUCGCAGCUGCUGACUGGGGCAAACCUUCUGCCAGCGCUCACCGACGUGUUGCUGCGAUGGCGUUGGCACCGGUACGUCUUCGUCACCGACAUCGAGAAGAUGUACCGCCAAAUCCUCGUACAUCCUGAGGACUGCCGUCUCCAAACAAUCUUGUGGCGUCACAACAAGACGGACGAGAUCGGAGAGUACGAGCUGCAGACGGUGACCUACGGCAUGGCGUGUGCACCGUUCCUGGCCAUCCGAACUCUGCAACAACUUUGUGCGGACGAGGGAGCGCAGUUUCCUCAAGGUGCCACAGUACUUCGGCUUGAUUGCUACGUCGACGACGUGGUCACCGGCGCGGACAACCUCGACGAUGCCGUCAACCUCCAGACGGAGCUGCGCAACCUCUGCAUGGCGGGCGGAUUUCCACUGAGGAAGUGGGCCUCGAACCAUCCAGAGGUCCUCACAGGAGUCCCACAGGAGCAUCGGCUGCAGCAAGGACCACAUUCCUGGGAAGGAGAGAGCCAUUCGACAUUGGGCCUGCGAUGGCGUCCUCAAGAUGACCGGUUUGCCUUCGCAAUACAUCCUCGGCCAGUCAGCAAAUUCACGAAGCGACGAGUCCUCUCCGAAACUGCACGCCUAUUCGACCCGAUGGGCUGGCUCGCGCCUGUCGUCAUUCGGGCGAAGAUCCUAAUCCAAAGCACCUGGCUUCAGCAACUUGAUUGGGACGCUCCACUGCCGGCCAAGGAUGCUCGACAUUGGCAACAGCUGUUGGAUCAGUUGCCGCUGCUCAGGCACAUACGCGUGAAUCGCUGGCUCAGCACCGACAACGAUCACUCGAGGUUGCAGCUCCACGGUUUUGCUGAUGCUUCCGAACGAGGAUACGCCGCAGUAGUCUACCUCCGCACCACUGAAAGGGGAAAACCGUCAAUUAAUCUACUCAUGGCGAAAUCCAAGGUCGCACCCGUCAAGCAGGUUUCGUUGCCGCGACUUGAGUUGUGCGCUGCUAGCCUACUCACCACGCUCACGCUGCAUGUCCGCGACAUUCUCGGCUUGGCAACUACUCCAGUAUAUCUGUGGUCCGAUUCCCAGGUCACGCUUCAUUGGAUCCAGGGACACGCCACUCGCUGGAAAACUUUCGUCGCCAACCGGGUAGCUCAUAUCCAGACACAGCUCCCGGACGCUCGAUGGAGACACGUAGCCGGGAAGAAUAAUCCUGCAGACUGCGCAUCGAGAGGAAUUACUCCUGGAGAAUUAAUCAACCACGCAUUAUGGUGGACUGGACCUACCUGGUUGGCACUGGACGAGACAGCAUGGCCCAGCUCAGAGGUCCACAUCGCAGAGGAUGACCUUCCUGAACAGCGCACCACCAGCCUGAUGACCAAGGGCUCCGUCGUCGUCGAACCGGACAUCCUUCUUCGGUUCUCUGCGCUUCAUCGGCUGCUACGCGUUACGGCUUGGUGUCGUCGAUGGCUCAACGUGGCGAGCCGGGAGGUCACACCUGGUUGUCCACUACACCCCGACGAGCUGGACGCCGCCCUACUCCAGUGGCUUCGAGUAGUACAGGCGCUCCACUUCCCGGACGAGAUAGCUGCUGCCACCGCAGGACGCUCCGGCCCACCACGCAGUUCACUGAUCAAGCUGAAUCCGUUCAUCGACGACCAAGGUGUACUGCGCGUUGGAGGACGUCUCAAACACGCACUGCUGCCCUACGACGAGAAGCACCCGGUGAUCAUACCGCCGGCCUCCUGGAUGACGCGACUGCUGAUCGAGUCCUGCCAUCGUCGCUCUCUGCACGGCGGCGUCCAGAUGACACUCGGUCUGCUUCGCCUUCGAUUCUGGGUACCACGCGGAAGGACCGUCGUCAAGCAGCAACUGCAUCGGUGCGUCACUUGCACUCGCUGGCGCGCUGCCACGCCACAGCCUCCAAUGGGCCACCUUCCUCGGGACCGAGUGACGCCAACUCGACCUUUCUUGAGCACUGGACUGGACUACGCGGGACCAAUUUCCAUCCGGACCAGCAAGGGACGCGGACACCGCUCACAGAAAGGAUACAUCGCGGUCUUCGUCUGCUUUUGGUCGAAGGCCAUCCACCUCGAGGUCGUCUCGGAUUACAGCUCCGAGGCCUUCAUCGCCGCCUUACGCCGCUUCGUCUCUCGCAGAGGACUGUGUACGGACGUCUACAGCGACUGCGGCACAACAUUCGUUGGCGCCGAUCGCACCCUGCGGGAGCUCUUCAAGGCGUCGACCUCCGAGGGCCUUCACAUCGCCCGCGCCGCCAACACUCAAGGGAUCCGCUGGCAUUUUAAUCCGCCAGCGGCCCCUCACUUCGGUGGUCUUUGGGAGGCUGCCGUGAAAUCCACGAAAUUUCACCUCCGCCUUAAUUCUCGUCCGUUGCAAGCUCUGUCAGACGAUCCAGACGACACUUCAGCACUCACUCCAGGGCACUUCAUCAUCGGCGCGCCUCUAUUAGCUAUACCUGAGCCGUCACGGAUCGGACAAUCAUCAUCCACGCUGUCAGGCUGGCAUCACCUGCAGCUGAUGCGAGACCAUUUUUGGCAACGGUGGUCGGCUGAGUACGUGCACGGGCUCAACCCCCGCACCAAAUGGGUCAAGGCCGAGGCCGCACCUCACGUCGGGGACCUUUGCAUCAUCCGCUCGGAGCUCACCCCUCCGACUCGAUGGCCUCUUGCAAGGAUCACGAGACUGCAUCCCGGGGACGACGGUGUCGUCCGCGUGGUCUCAGUACGCACCGCCACAUCCGAAUUCGUACGCCCGAUCGUUAAAUUGGUCAUGCUCCCGGGCGCGGAUCGUAUUCCGGACGCGAAUAACGCGGACACGCCGUCCGCCGGCACGUAA